AUGGAGUCAGCCCGCCCACAGUUCUAUCCAAACACCCUGCAGCCAACAGACAUAACCAAAGAGAACCUCUCUCUGAUCCUGAAAGAGCUGCAACUGGCAAUCAAAAACGGUGUAGACAUCAUCAGCAAGAACGUCCAGCGUCCAACAGACCCAAGUUCCUACGGCAACAUCUACAGCGGAAUACCAGGCAUCAUUCUCACUCUCCUCCGACUAGAACGCCAGAAAUCAUGCCUUCAACAGACAACGGAUCACGAAGACAACAAGUCUUACAGCAAAAUAGCCUUUGACUUGAUAAUGUCCACACCGACGGCAAAUAUUGAUCUUGUUGAUGGCCGCAUGUCCCCAAUUGGAUCCGCCCUGGGCGCAGUUCUGAUGCGGAUUCUGGCUCUCUGCGAAAACCACAAUUUACGACUUGCACAAGACGUACCCGACUUGGCCGACGAUUUCACAGUUUUUAACAAAGCAGUCCAGAAUGCAACGCUUCACGGACACGUUGUUCCAUUUCCAGGGUACAACCCUAUAGGUGGUGACGAAGUAUUAUUCGGUCGAGCAGGGCUAUUGUGGGCAAUCCUCACCAUAGAAAAGCAUUGCUUGACGGAAAAGACAAGGCAGUUAGUACUAGUGCAUUUGGAACCGGCUCUAGAGUGUGUUCCGAAGCUCGUUGACGCGAUUAUUUCCGCUGGCAAACAAGGGUCGCAAGAUUUUGUGAAGCUAUAUGGCGCUAAAGACGCGAUGCCUCUGAUGUACCAAUGGAUGGAAGGCUAUUAUGCACUUGGUGCAGUGCAUGGUACCACGGGCAUUUUGACAAUGCUGCUUUCAUCCCAUUUGAACGACGAUCAACUCGAGUUGGUUGCAGAAACUGUGACUGGUCUCUGCCGAGUAUGUAUCGAACAUGAAGGUCAUUUCCCCAUGUGUAUCCCGGAACGUCCAGCUGCACCGUUGAAGACUUCGCCCUUUGUUCAGCUAUGUCAUGGGCCUCCGGGAUUGCUUAUUCUGCUGAAUACAGUCUACCAGAAUACGUCGCUUUUAGAACGAUUCUGGAGACCUGAAUGGGAGCUUGCGCUGCGCUUGGGCACGGAGAAGAUCUGGCAAGAGGGGCUUUUGUCAAAGGGGGCGAGCUUUUGCCAUGGACAUACAGGAAACGCAUGGCCUUUGCUAUACUUGCACAAUAUAUAUGAGUAUAACGUUGGUUACCAGCAGCAAGCAAAGCAGAGAGGGAUCGCAGCUCUUGAAGAUAAAUCCGAGCUUUUGAAAGGGAGCGCUCCUCUGGAUAGUGAUUUUUUCCUCUCUCGUGCUCUCCCGUUCAUGAUGGUUGCCCGCGAAUCACCCCCAUACAGUCAAGAGGUUGAUAUCAAAACCUCCUUUGACUUCCGCGCGCCAGACCGACCAUACAGUUUUGGAGAGGGGCUAACAGGCCAGGUUUGCGCGUGGGCAGAGACGUGUGCUGUCAUAAAAGCUCGCUUGCGCAAGAUGGAACUAGAGUCAACGAGUAACGAUGGCCAUGAGUUGGAAGAUGGUCGAUUCAUAGAAUCGUCCUUGCAGCAACUCGGACUUUUUGGCUUUGUGGUUAAUGGUCCCAACACGAAUCAGUUGUUGUUUGGUGGUAGUCUAUGUCAGGAAUAG